AUGGAUCAGCGGCUCGUGUGCAGUGAAGACGAAGACAUCUUCCUCUUCGUCACCCCACCACGAUCAGUCCUCCACGAAGCACGCACGCAUCGUACCAUCCAAUGCCAACGCACACUACGCGCUCAUCAAGGCCAGCCGGGUCAACAUCUGGCGCCCGUACGCAUACGACCCGUCCUCAACCUCGAAGCCACCAAACGCGGCGCAACACGGAUUAUCGAACUUGAAAGUGAUGAUCAGCGUAUCGCGGAACUACAACCCGCACGCAUGCCUGCUGGUACAGAGACAAUUGCCUCGAAUGGAGGAUUGAGUCCCGUUGAGUAUCUACCGAGACGGCGCAGUCGUGGUAGGUCGAUUGGCGAACGACGCGGUGCGUUUGGUGGCGACGUUGCAUCGACGCCUGCGUUUGCGCAUCGCUUCGAUAUGCGCGUCUCCGGGUCGGUGCAAGAAGGUCGCUUUGAGUUUGUCAGUAACAAUACGACAUUGACGUGGCAUAGACGUGAAGUGGCAGGUCAUGCAGAAUGGGUCUUGCAACCGAAUACCUCUGCUGGGAAGCUGGAACAGCAUCGUCAGAAUCUUGCCAACAAUAUGGCUGGAGAUGGUGCACAGCACAACAUGCUGACUCCCAUCGCAACAACCACGUCGUUUAGGCCACGCAAUGCGCUGUCUCGCAUCAACUCCAACGUUUCACAGUUUACGAUGAUCUUGGAUGAUGAGAGUAUCCUGUCAGAGACGCUCGACGCCAACCAUGCACAUUUCGAUCCGCAACGCAAGCAAGAAACAGUCUUGUCUUCUACGCCUGUACCGCAUCUGCGACACUGGGUUGGUGUUGAACGUGCGUUUGAGACGAGCAUGCAUGCGAUUGCACAGAAGGAGGACGGACUCAUCAUGCUCCUCAUCUCUGCCCUGUGGAUCAUCUGGGCAUCCAACGACAUCAUGGCACUCGACGAGCAUGGCGUUUCGAUAGAGAAGGAAGCACACCAUGGACUGGCCGGGCAGGCGUAUGCGAACCGUGAAGGCCGUCAAACGAGUUUCAGCCUGAGUGACGAUUUGACGUCGCCAGUGAGGAAGCCGCGCGAGAAGGCAAAGAAGCGAGGGUUCUGGCAGCGUAUUGCUAGUGUGUGCUAG